ACUUCAUCUUCUUCUUCUUCUUCAAUCUGUCUCUGUGUCUCUCAAGUCAAGCACGCUGAAACUAGCCGUUGCUCUCUCUAACCCUCCCAUGGCCGCUUCAGUGGACUCGCCUCCACCUUCCCACAUCAACGAGGGCGCGGGCUUCAUGGGCUCUGCUUCUCCUCCUUCCCUCGCCGCUUCGCCACUGUUCAGCCCCUCCUCGGACAGGCGCUUCUGGAGCAGCCUGCGGUGCCGCGUCGACGCUCUCCUCGAGAAUCGAGACCGUGGGGCUGCUGGCGAGACGGAGCGAAGCGAGAGGAUGAAGGCAGACUCGAUGCUCUUGCUCAGAGGGUUUGACUCCGUCGCCCACACGCUGUCUCAGCUCUCCGACAACAUCGACAACGCCCUUCAGGGAGCUAGAGAUCUGGCAAAGCCACCUACUCUGACGGCCAUCUUCCACAGCAAUCUGAAGAAGAGUUCAGAUGAAUGUAGCGAUAUAAAGCAACAUUCAGGAGAACACGAGGAAGAAGAAGAAGAAGAAAAGAAGAAAGCAUUAAAAAGAAAGUUCGAUUCGAGCAAUUGCUCAGAAGAAGGCGAUUCGAAGGAAGAAAAUGCUCCAAGCCCAAAACUCGCGAAGCUGAAGAAAGCCAAAAAUCUUGCAGUGUCUAUGGCAACGAAAGCGGCUUCGCUUGCGAGAGAGCUGAAGUCGAUGAAGUCAGAUCUGUGUUUCACGCAAGAGCGAUGUGCUCUGCUUGAGGAGGAGAACAGAAGGCUUAGAGACGGGUUUUCCAAGGGGAUUAGGCCCGAGGAAGAUGAUCUGGUGAGGCUUCAGCUGGAAACCCUACUGGCUGAGAAAUCGAGAUUGGCGAACGAGAACGCAAAUCUGAUUCGAGAGAACCAGUGCCUCAGCCAGCUGGUCGCGUAUCACCAGCUCACCUCGCAAGACCUGUCGGAGUCGUAUGAGCAAGUCAUGCGGGGCAUGUGUUUAGACUUCUCGUCUCCGCCGCCUCCCAUAGCCGAAGAUGAGACAGAAGAUGUCGAUGACGGAGCUCCUGCAACUCCCUUGGACGGAGUUUUUAGUUUUUCCACUUGUCUUGACGAGAGUUUCCAACAGGAUGAGCAUUAGGAAGUGGAGUAAGGGUUCAUCGUAUCAGAAGUCCCAGAACUGCAGCAACAAUGGCUUUGUUGCCUAAUUUUGAUUUUGAAAUGGGAAUUUGGCAGAUCGCCCUUUCCUCAUGUGAUAAAGUUAGAAUUUUGUACUAGGCAAUGUCAAUAAGGUUGUUCUUGAAUUUGAAUGAGAAGUAUAUGCACUUCACAUUUUGAUGGAUC